CCGCCAACAAGAACAGACUAAUACAUAGAUUGUAUCAAUAUUCAACAACAAUAAACAAUAGUGAAUAGAAUCAAAACUCUUGUUAUACAACAACCACUUCAGAUCGAUUCAAUUCGGAUAUGAAAACAACGCAUUUGACGAAACCGCAAAUUGUAGGUUAUACGGCUGAUCAAGCAAUGUCCUGCGCAUGUCAUGGUACUGCAUACACCAUACCAUGUGAUAAUUCUCCCAGAUCUGCAAAAUAUACCAAAAGCUGUUGUGUGAGAAGCAGGGGAGCACAAUGCUUUAUCACGCCGACUGGAGCAGUUGCUUAUCAGAUUCCUUGUCCUGCACAAAUGACUAAACCGCCUUGUAGAUGUCGCCAGUGUAUUGCUUACUAUAAACCUCAGUUUCUUCCUUCGUGUCCCCAAUGGCGUACAUAUCGAUGCGUAACCACGUCGUCUUUAAAGAGAAGGUGCACGCAGAGUUCCAUCAGGCCAAAAAGGCGUUCUUCGAAAGUACAACAUCCUUCCUUCUCCGAUAUAUCGAGACGGCGUAGUUUAUCAGGUCACCGCCAAUUGUCAUCCACUCCGCCGCCAACAAGGACCCCGACACCGAUUCCUUCUCGACCAAUAACUCCACCGUGGAGGGCUCCGACGCCUCCUCCAAUGCCAAUACCACCACCUCCUCCUAUGCCACCAGCUCCCCCUCUUAGAAAGUUGAGAAUCAGGGGAAAAUUGAAAAUCAAAAAAAGGACCAUAUGUCGUUGCGCCAACCAGACUAGUGGUUCGGCACCUGCCUCCUUCUACGCUAAGCUACGCACUUUACCCCAGGAUGAGUUUUGCGCAAAUAGCAGAGGCUCCUUCUACAAUGCAUACAACACUUCUGCUACCAAAUUUUCUCAGUUGACUGCAUGCGCAUCCCUACAUGCCAAGAAAAUUUGCAAAGCGCCUCCUUGCAACUCUGUGUGGACCAACAGGGGCGUAGCUCUUGGUCGGCCAGUAUCGCCUUGUUGCGAACCUUGCAAGUGCUUCUCUUCGAGCCAGUCAAGUUGCUGUAAGUCAUCCCCAUGCAGCGGCGAUAUAAAAGUCCAAGAUAAUAAAAAGGAGGCUGUACAAACAUUUGUAAAAACAAUAACAACUCAUGUCAAGACAUCUCGUGUUACUCUGGUGAAUCCUUGCGAUAUGUGCGACUGCUGA